AUGGAGUCGGUGCUGGGAUUGGAUAAAUCUAAACCCUGCGGUCUCUCUGGCCGUGACGAUGCGGCGAUCAAUCUGCUCGGCUCUUACGACGAUGACCGCACAUCAUCAUCUCUGAUGCGGUCAUUGGCGAGAGACAGUAAAGUCAUUAUUCAAGACGCGCUCACUCAGUCACUCCUCGAAGUCUGCUUUACGGAGGCCGAAGUGCCCGCUGCGCUUGGCGUUGCCUCCGUUCUCGGAGUCCACCCUUGGGCCAGCCUGUCAGGCAAAGACAAUAAGGGUAGCAUUGUAGUACCAACCUACGGAUACCUGGCUCUGAAGCACUCCACGAUGUACGUAAAUGUUGCUCUUUUUUCUCGCGUGGCUCGCACCCUCCCAUCACCCACUUCCGGGGCCCUCCACUUGGGAUCAGCCUAUUCACGAAGUGAGAAGUGUUGGGUCACGGGUGGUUGGCUUGUCGAUAGUAUCCAUACAGCAAUGGAGACUGGGAGACUGGAGACUGGGUGUAGACGAUCCCGAAAGCAGACGUUUCAAGCGAUUCCCCUAAGCCUUGAGAAAAGGAAGCGGCGGCUGGGGGUUCGGGGGUACCUCUUGAUCUCCCUGAUGAACUGCUCCAAGGCCAUUGGACGACUGGCGGUGACACCUGAAGCAGAUCUUACUGUGCCAUUGAUUGUGUGUAUUUAUGCGACUGAAUUGUGCAAGUUCAACCAAGACCUCGGCGAUCCUGACUCGUUGGUCUUCGCUUUUGCACUCCGUGGACACUGCCGAAAAGCCUCAUCAAACUUUAUGCAACUUUAUCCCACGGUCAUCACUGGUCACGCACAUCAUGCACUCGCCCGGUGGGCAACGGCAGCGACAUCGGCAGACCCUGAGAUCAAUUCCCUCGGGAUGUGGCUACGCUUGGCACCCACGCAGAGGGAUCAAAGCCCAUCGAUGGUGGAUCGCGCAGUCAACCAGGGCGGUGAUCCGUGGGAGAAGCCGGGCUGUCCCAAGAAACAAGGUCCGAGAUCGCAGGGUCGGAAUGGGGAUGGAAGCCGGAAAGCCACAGGAGCCAUCGAACGAUUUCCCCAGUGUGGGCUGGAGUGUGUGUUUGUGCGAGACACUGAGAGUCUGCGUGAGACUGUGAUGGGUAAUGACCGGGCGAGUGAGAAGGCGACGUACCUCUGGCAGGCAUUCCGCGCUGUCGCUCCAAUCCCCUCCUUCCUCCCCACCAUCCUCCGAAGUGUCGGAAGAAAGAGGAACAAGCCCGCAAUUCAAACAUUUCUUCACCUCAUCAACAUUGACUCUCCCACUUACACAUACCGACUUGACGAUUCUAUUUCCUGGCUUCACUUACACAGACAAGUACCUAUAACCACAAAGUCAGCUAUCCGAACCUCGCUGCCGACAUCAUCUUCCGGAACAGUGUCUGUUCUGUCACCCACUCGGCAACACGCGCGCGCCACCACGCCCGGGUAUCUGCUCGAUUCUGCUCGGCAUCAGCCCAGAUCGCCAAACAGUAGCAUCAUAUCAACUUAUACAGCGCCGAUUGCUCUCCGAACAGCACGUCUCGGUCUUACAACCAUCAAUUCGUCCCAUUUUCUUAUCAGAUCUCAAGAGCCGAGAGAGCGCCGAACCGCACCCUCGGAUUUACCAGCUGGCAAAAACAUUAGCAACCCACACCCAGCCAACUGGCUACCAGCUGUUAGCGGCGAUAUCCCACCACCUGACAGCGAAUGA